AGCAUUGUUCUGCUUCUAGCUGUUCAGCAUGUCUUGGCUGCUCCAGCUCUGCACACUCUGACCAUGAGCAGCAAUUCCUCCCUCAGCAAUGUGAAGGGCCUGAGGAACCUCACCACACAGGAAGACGGAGCAGUCAGAGUAACAGAGUCCAUUGCUAUAAUCGUCAUUGCAAUUUUCAUCUGUUUGGGCAACCUGGUGAUUGUCGUCACCCUCUAUCGGAAGUCUUACCUUCUCACAUUGAGCAACAAGUUUGUGUUCAGCCUGACCCUCUCCAACUUUUUACUCUCUGUACUGGUGCUACCUUUUGUUGUCACCAGCUCCAUCAGGCGGGAAUGGAUUUUCGGAGUCGUUUGGUGCAAUUUCUCAGCCCUGCUCUACAUGCUGAUCAGCUCAGCCAGCAUGCUUACUCUUGGACUCAUAGCUAUAGACCGGUACUAUGCUGUCCUGUACCCAAUGGUUUAUCCAAUGAAGAUAACAGGCAACAGAGCAGUGGUGGCUCUUGUGUAUGUGUGGCUGCAUUCCCUUAUUGGCUGCCUCCCUCCCCUUUUCGGCUGGUCGUCUUUGGAGUUUGACCAAUUCAAGUGGAUGUGUGUGGCGGCCUGGCACAAAGAGGCUGGCUACACUGCCUUUUGGCAGAUCUGGUGCGCGUUGCUGCCAUUCGUGGUCAUGAUGAUCUGCUAUGGAUUCAUCUUCCGUGUGGCAAGGAUUAAGGCCCGCAAAAUCCACUGUGGUAGCGUCAUCAUUGUGGAGGAGGACUCCCAGAGGAAUGGGAGGAAGAACUCCAGCACCUCCACGUCCUCUUCUGGCAGCCGAAGGAACGCUUUCCAAGGGGUUGUCUACUCAGCCAACCAGUGCAAAGCUUUUAUAACCAUCCUGGUUGUCAUCGGUGCUUUCGUGAUUACAUGGGGGCCUUACAUGGUGGUAAUUACAUCAGAGGCACUUUGGGGAAAAAAUAGUAUUUCCCCUGCCUUGGAGACGUUAGCUACGUGGUUGUCCUUUUCCAGUGCCAUUUGCCAUCCACUAAUUUAUGGAUUGUGGAACAAGACAGUGCGCAAGGAACUACUGGGAAUGUGCUUUGGGGAUCGAUAUUAUCGCGAGUCCUUUGUUCAGCGCCAAAGGACGUCGAGGUUAUUCAGCAUUUCCAAUAGGAUCACAGAUUUGGGGCUAUCUCCUCAUCUCACUGCCCUCAUGGCAGGUGGGCGGCCAUUAGGCAACAGCAGCAGCACAGGAGACACAGGUUUCAGCUGUUCACAAGAUUCAGGAACAGAUGCAAUGCUUCUUGAAGACUACAGCUCAGAUGGCCCACAUGCCCCACACUGCAUCUGUCCUCCUCGAAGGAGGAGUUCAGUGACAUUUGAAGAUGAAGUAGAGCAAAUUAAAGAAGCUGCAAAGAAUUCUGUUCUUCAUGUAAAAGCUGAAGUCCAUAAAUCUCUGGACAGUUAUGCAUCCAGUUUAGCGAGAGCUAUUGAAGCUGAUGUGAAAAUCAGUUUGUUUGGGGAAGAUGCUUUACCAGGAGCUCUGUUCCCUGGGCGGACUCUGCCAGGAAGCAGCAUGAACACACGGCGUGGUAUCAGGCCCCAUGCUAGCCAAAGACUUAAGUUGCAGAGCAUCGAGGAAGGGAAUAUUUGACAGGAGCACUGCAGUGAGAAGACAGAAUGAAACCACUAAGCAGGAUCUACUACAGCUGCUAGUGUUUCAACAGAACCAGGAUACCUUGUUAGGACGUUUUCAGUGCUUUUUCAACACUUGAAAACUAGCCGAAUUCUGGUACUUACAUCAGCAUUUUACAGCAGUAUUUGUUUACUGUUUAGGGUGCUAUUGACUCUUUUGUGCCAUCACACAGUGCAUAGGAAUUCAGGGUUUGGUUUCCUCGGCCAGAUCAUUAAUUUGUUGGAUCUUGGGUCUGUUACUGGCCAAAGCCAAUACAGGAAUGAAAAAGGAAAAGUAUGUGCAGUGUUGAAUUCAUUAUUGCAUUGAUCCUCUCCUGACCACCAGGAUAAUCAGUUUAUACUUGAUAGCUGGAGUGCUCUGACAGGAGCUUGUGAAUAGGAUAUUACAUACAGGCGUACUGUCACAGACUCCCAAAUGAGGAGCAUGGACUUCACUAAGGGCCAAACAUAAACUUUUAAGAGAGCUUAUGCAGAUUAUAGUCCUUCUUAUCCUUGCUGUCAGAUAUCAGAUAACCUUGCUGUUCAUCCAUCAGAGUGCUAGAUCUGAAACUGGAUUGUGCAUUGGUUCUGCAUUAUGAGAUACCAGCUUCUCUAGAUGUAAUAGGUGGGAGCGGACCUGUGCUGGAAAUAUCACAGAGAUGCUAUUUGAGGAAAUGAUCAAUGCACAGUUCUUAGUUUUUCUGAGAACUUCAGUUCACUUCUCUGGUUAUGCUUUUACUAAAAGGGCACUCGACGGCUGUGGUAAACUUGACAGAAUAUAAAUAAGGUAUUACCACUUCAUACUAGGGAUUCAUCUUUUCUGGAGUAAAAAGUUCUGUAAAAUGGUUUUUGUUUUUCUUUAAUCAUGAGGGAAUGUAGUAUUUAAGCUAUAGUUACCUCAGCACAUAUAUUUCUUGGAGUAUUCAUUAACCUCUAAAAUAAGAACAUUUGGCACUUAUAUUGCACUUUGCAUGUUGUUAAGCACUGUACGGACAUGACCUUGUUAGGCCUUUCUGAGAGGGUUGGUCAGCCCUGCUUGCCAAAGAAGGGGAACUUGGCAACAGUCAAGCUGCUGGCAAUGGAACAAGCUGCAAAGGUGGAAGGGUUUAUUACAGAAAGAGGGAUGAGGUAGAUUGUACAAGCGUGCGUGGCUUGAGGAACCUUUCUGUGCCUUGCUGGGUUGGCCCCUUCCUUUGUGGGGGUUACAGCCCUGCCUUACUGCUUAUUUAAAAGAAAGGGAGACAUAAUAGGAUAAUUUCUUGGGGGUGGGUGUCAGUAGCACAUGGACUUGAGGACCAAGGAGUUGCAUUGUUUACUCUGUCUGUUCCCCCAUGCCUCUACCUUUCCCCAGAAGUGGUUUGUGUGAGUUUUUGCCACAGAUUGUUUGGCAACCGAGGGCAGGAUGUUUCCAUCUGGGCAAGAACUGGGUGUACACUUGUUAAAUUAUCACGGUGUGUGACUUAUUCAGAGGCACAGAAGCAAACUGGUUUUGAGGCAGAGCCUUAGUCCAGUACUGUAUUUAGACAUUCUAUUUGUCUGUGUUCCCAACUCAGAAAUACAGUUCAGCACAAGCUUAUGUCCAUCUCUGGACAAGGUUUGACUUUAUGAACUAGGCUGAAUCCCAUUACAUUCCCCUGUAAGAUGUAACUGCAUGCUUAAAAUUCAGUACAUGGUUUGCUGAUUAAGAACAGGCUGUUAAAGCAAGAACACUCAAGCACUGGUAAGAUGGCUCUUUGCAUAACACAGGAAUUAAAUGACUAAUAAUAGUGAGGUCCUCCUGUAUUUUUUGCUUCUAGUGUGCUAGAUAAAUUGGCACCUGUGGGCACUGACUAAAAAAAAAAAAAAAGAAAUCCCAGUAUUUGCCAGGAAAUGCCCUGCACUGAGGUCAUCAUUACUAUUGUUAUCAUUACAAUCACAGUUGCUCUUAGUACUCAGCACUCCUUCAGGAGGCUUGAAGUGUUUUGUCUGCAUCCCUUUUAUUGCAUAUUCCUGCUUCAAAACAAGCUGAGCAGAGCUGUUGCUGGAUGUGAAAAAAGCACAUGUGAGUGUGAAUGCGUUGUGGUGGAGUUGGUGCUGGUCCAAAAUGGUGUAUAUUUAGGAGGGAAAAUUCCGAGGCAUACGUGAAAGCACAAAAUUAUUAGUAUUGUGUAAAAAGCAUGAUUUUUACACAGGUACUGAGCCAAAUUCAGCCUUCAGGCAGGUCAAGUGGAGUUCCAUCAGUUUACACCAUGACUGCAUUUGGCUGUCAAUUUAACUUCACUCGUCUGUUAUUUAGUGUAAAUGUUGUUAAUAUUUUUGUACACACAUUAUAACUUUUCCAUAAUUGUUACUACCAGAGUCAUUAUCUCAUUUGAAUUGUCAUCAACAAAAGCAGCGAUUAAGAAAUGCACACGUUUUGUAAGACUGUAUUCCCCAUCUUAAAUACAAAAGAAAAAAAACCCUA